AUGUCAGCGGAUUUCAAGUGCAACCUCGUUUCAUUUUUCUUGUUUUCGAUAUUCGCUGCAGCCGAGGGUUCUUCAGGAAUAAAAAGUUCGGAAGAAGGAUGGCGCCCUUUCAAGCAGACAUUUAAACAGCGUCAGUUUUUAAGAGAGGAAUUCCAUCAUCUGAACGUAACUCGAGUUAAAAUAGUCACUUUGUACUAUCUGUUAGAUUGUACAUUUGAAUGUUUGAGAAAUACUUUGUGCCUUUCAAUAAACAUUGCCGUCUCUAGAGGAGAAGAUGGAAAGCUAUGGUGCGAAUUGUUGUCUUCUGAUAAGUACAGAGCCGACGCUGAGAACUACAGCCAAAACAUGAGUUCGUAUCAUUUGUUUAUUCCGUCUCCUUGUUCUUCAUCGCCAUGUCAAAAUGGAGGAACCUGGAUCCCCAAUUACGACUACAAUUCUUACGACUGUCUCUGUGAACAAGGCUUCGUGGGAGAAUGUUGUGAGAAAGUUCCCAAAGCCAUAACGUCGUGCAAGGAAAUGUAUGACAUCCACAGAUCUGACGUCACUGAACUCGUUACCCUUCGUUUGGACUCCCAACCAGUCUCCAUUCUUUGUCACAUGGGAGAUUUUGGAUGUGGAGAUGGAGGAUGGACGCCGGUUAUGAAGAUUGAUGGCAGUAAGUCCACUUUUCAUUACAAUGCACACUACUGGAGGGAUUAUGAAGAAUAUAACCUUCUCGGGGGAAAGACUGGGUUCGACGGUCAGGAAACAAAGCUACCGACAUACUGGAAAACGUCCUUCUCCAAGAUCUGUCUCGGUAUGAAAAUCGGACAACAGCUCAGGUUCAUAGCCGUCAACAAGCAAGCUGACUCUCUGUAUUCACUGAUUGCUGAUGGGCAAUACCGCGCCACCUCACUGGGUCGAGACAAGUGGAAAGAGUUGAUUGGUUCGCAAGGGUCAUUACAGUACAACUGCAACAAAGAAGGGUUCAAUGCCGUUUGUAGUUGGAGUCUAAAUUCUAAAGCUAGAAUUGGUAUCGUUAGCAACAACCAGAAUGAAUGCUCCUCGUGCGACUCAAGGAUCGGAUUUGGUACAGCAGGGAACCCUGACGAUUCGAACACUUGUGGUAACGAGGCAAGUCAGAGUGGCGUAGAUAAUGGGAUAAAACAUGUCAAAGCCAUGGGAUACAUCCUGGCACAGUGA